AUGUCACUUGAACUCGAAAUGAAUGCAGAAACAGACGGAGUUUUAAUCAGUCCUGCAAGUUCAAACAGAAGUAUAACACCAUCAAUCACUACUGCCGACGGACAAGGAAGACAAAAUGAAUUGCUUGAAGAUACCGAAAUGCAUGAAUUAUCAGAUACUCAAUCACCCAUCAAUGUAGAAACUCAAUCUUCUGAUCCGUCCAAAUCCUCCAAUCAACCUUUAAAUAAAGUUAAUCAAGUUCAAACUUCACCGAUGAAAACAAGAAUGACGCCUUCACGUGGUAAUAAAGGAAAGGGGAUGAUGGUUGGUGGAAGUUAUAUUGAAAGUCAGCAUGGAAAUAAUAGAAGAUCUGAAGGACGUCAUAAUCAAAAUCGAAAUCAAUCGUUGAACGAUUGGGUUGCUUCUGGAGAAAAUCAUGAUGGAAGAGGAAUGAGAGUAUUAGAUGAAGAUUUGAUGAGACAACUUGAUUUUGGAGAUCCUUUUCUAGAUCUUUACAAUGCUAGUUAUCCGGGAAAGAACACGUCGGUUCAACCAUCGAACGCGCCGCUUUCCAACGAGAAUCAGAAUAUUUCACUUCCUGCCACUGUAGCGCCUGAUGCACCAAUACCAGCAACUUCUGUUGUUCCCCCUGGCGAGUUCAUGACGCCCAAUACACCUGCUGCUUCUCCUCCUUGA